AUGAAUACCACUUUAUCACAUCACCUUCUCACGGAAUGGAUACACAGCACUGUUCGAAAUGUUGUUGUUCAUACAAGCUCACAACUAUCGACGACGGACGAUUCUGAGGAGAAGCCGGAUGAGAAUAAAUUCCAGAAAUUGAUCGAUGGAGCGCUGUAUAAUGAGAAACUUAUCAAUACUUAUCCUUGGGUUAUUUUAGGGUUUGUAUUGGUUCUUUCGGGUAUACACUGGACGGAGAAGAUUAUACGAUGGAGAAGAAGGGCUUUAUGGAAGAGAGGGGAGAGAUAUCCAUACGAUUUACUUGACGAUGGACCAUCGAAGACAAUUCGAGAGGAGGCGACAGACUAUGGCGGUGCUAGCUCGUCCGGGAGCAGUACAUUUGCAUCAAACACCCCUUCCAUUAAACACGAUGACGGGGGAGAACGCAUGCCUCUAUUAUCCGGAAGCCGUUUUCCCAAUAGCACCUCGUCGAAUCGAAUCACCAUCAUCUCCCGCAUCAAAGCGUUCCUCGUAUACCAACCUCGACCAAUCCCCUAUUUCCACAAAGUUCUCCCUUCAAACGGCUCUUCGAUAUUCAUCAUGUCGUUUCUUGCCCUCAAUAUCUUCUACACCUUCUACAACAUCUCAUUCACAUCGUUCGAAGCCUCCGUGCUUGGAGACCGAGCAGGCCUAAUAUUCGGUGUCAAUCUACCGCUUCUAUACAUCCUCGGUGCAAAGAAUCAACCACUUAAAGUUCUAACAGGUGUUUCCUACGAAUCUCUAAAUAUUAUUCAUCGGCGGCUUGGAGAACUAAUUAUGGUUGCUGCGCUCAUUCAUGCUGGCGCUAUGUUCGUGAUGUGGUAUGUGAUUUUGGUACCAUUUAGUGGCUGGACAAUUUGGGAUUAUUUAUCUCACCCGUGUAUCUAUUUGGGACUAUCAGCUUUAUUUACAUAUAAAUCGUUAUAUGUAACGUCAUUAGCAUCGUUUCGUCAGCGAUGGUACGAGGUGUUUUUGGGAUCGCACGUUGUGUUGCAAGCUGGUGCUUUGAUCAUUUUGUAUUUCCACCACAGGGGAACGAGAACUUAUGUUGGAUGGGCUAUUGCAAUAUUUCUUGUGGAUCGCUUGAUGUAUCGCCUUUGCGCGAAAAGUGUCAUGGUUGAGGCAAAAGUCAGCAUCUACCCUGACAACGAAACCCUCCUCAUAACCUUUAACCUCCCCAAAUCACCCACCACAAUAUUCUCCCAAACCCUCGGCCACUCGAUCUCCUCCGGCUGGAACGCAACCGACCACGUUUUCCUCACCAUUCCAUCUCUAGGAUUCUCCGCCGAUCUCCUUCGUGCCGCCCAACUCAAAGACACACUAAAAUGUCGUCUCGACGGUCCAUACGGAAGUAGUCAUGCUCGUUCUCUUCUUGAAGAUUCGGAUCUCGCGAUAUUAGUUGCUGGAGGGAGUGGAAUCGCUGUUACGUGGCCAAUCAUACAUCAUCUCCUGAAUAUCUCAAGCGAAGGCGAAGAUCCCGAGACUGGAGCACUGACGACUAAGAACAGACAGAGAAUUGUAAUGAUUUGGAUUAUUCACAAAAGUGCCCAUCUUGAAUGGAUUGAUGAGAAGGAGAGGGAAGAUUUGGCGAGGAAGGGAGUGGAGAUUAUUAUUCCGGGUGCUACGAUAGAGGUUGGGAGACCGGAUUUAGAUGGGUUGAUGGAGGGGGUUGUUCGCGGCUCAAGUAAAGAGAUGGAGAAAAAACAGAAGAUAGGUGUGGUGGUUAGUGGACCGGAUGGAUUGAAUCGAACAGUAAACAACAAAUGCGCGGAAUUGGUACGAGCAGGUAGAGAUUUAGAAGUUACGAUUGAGAAAUUUGGAUGGUAA